AAUGAAAAGCCUGCCAUCUGCGGUUUCUCGGCCAUUCGAUUGCCAGACGUCUAUUGUUAACAGCGAGCGAACUGUACCUGUGAAAAACGUGACUCAUAAGUUGAUAAAGGAAACAUGCGCAACAUGAUAGAAAAGGUUGCCUACAUGUACAUGUAUCUCCAUCACUGACCUGUGGCUUGAUCCUGUACAUAAGAAGAACCUUUACAGAAAAUGCCCCAGUGAAAUGGAAUCCACCAGUUCCCAUGCAGUCCCCCAAAAUGAGAUGAAGGAUGAAGAACAACAACUGAUUCCACCUAAAGGACAUUUGGCUCAAAAUCACACCCAAGACAUGGGUGUAGGUACGAGUACAAACCCAGCUUCUGAAACUUCGACAUGUGAUGGUGAUGAAUACCUCAGUAAGGUACAAAUUGGUGGGCACAAAAGUCUGGGCUCUAUAGGAGGUAGUUUAAGCCAGUGCAGUGAUGCUGACCCUGGGCGUGUUAGUGAAUGUGCUAUUCCUGAUAGGGAACCCAUAAUCAGUUCUGAAAGUCAGUCUGGAACAUCUUUAAAGGAGACAGAAUCAAGGAAAGCUCAACCUGCAACCAAUAAAGAGAACAAAGAUCCAGAAGAAUCGACACCUCGCAACACAGAAACCAAUGCAAAAAGUCAUUCUACCAGUACUUCUACAAACGAAGGCAUUGCUCAACCUUCUGACACAUCCGAAGUCAACAAACUGGAUGAGACGUCACAGGGAAGCAGUAGUCAAGGUCGUAUUGGAGCAGAGGAUGACAAGACAGGAACCUCUGAUAUUCUGGGGAAGAAGUCAGUAGAGGACAAUGCAUCUGAGAAAGCUUCGCAGAGAGAAGGAGAAAUUCCUGCUAGGAAAAGAGACACUGCUGACACAAACACUGAGGUGGCAGACUUUGUUUGCAAUUCAAGCACUGCACAGCUGGAGUUGGAAACGACCACACCAUUUGAAGGAAAGUCUUCAGCUGAUGUUGUGAAUGCCAGUGAGAAUUCAAACAACUUUGCUGUUGACCAAAAUGCAUCCAAAAGUUGUGAUGCCAAGAUAAAUACUGUAAUUGGUGAGCUUGACACAAACACAGCUGAAAAGGUUGAUGGAAAUAAUGGGAAAGCACCGUGGAGUUCAGGCGAACCUAUGGCGCAUGGACCAACGAACACUAACAUUAGUGCUAAGCCGUCUCUAAUUACUUCGUUGGCAUUUCUUCGUGAUAGCCAGUCAGAAGAGGAUAGUGAGGAUGAGUCUACCUUGAAGAUUGAUGAAGACAAAGCCUUGGAAGGAUCGGAAACCUCCAUGAAUGCCAUAAGUGAAGGACUGGACAAAAAACAAGAUGAAUCCUCUAGCAGUAUAUGUACAGACAAAAGUGGUGGUGACUUCGGUGCACCAGAUGGUGAAUCAGACACCUCAAGAAACCCUCAAACAGAAGACAUCCCUCAGGGGUCUGAUGGGAAAAAUUUGCUUCCUAAUGAUAGCAUCAGGCUGCGAGAUCUGAAGAUAAAAUUAGAAAAGUUCAAAGAAAUCAACAGAACUUGGCAAAGGAGAAAACCUGAAUUAAAUUCAGAAAAGUCUGGAAGGUCAACUCCUACACUGACCAGGACAAAUAUUUUUGACGCAUUAAAUGCUUCUCUUCCAGCGACAUCCGAAGAUUCAACUGACACAAAUGUGCCUGAGCCAGGAGGCUCAAAAGAAAAUUUGAUCAAUGAAUCAGAAAGGGACACAUCUGCCUCUUCAAAUAACAACCCUGAGCAGACAAAUGUUACGGAUAUGUUGGAAAAGUCACCAAACGUAUCUUCGAAUCACUGCAAACAAACGGAAGCCACUGAAGUACACGCGUCUUCAGGUUCCAUUAUAGAAGGAGAUGCCAUUGUUCCCUCUGACAAGAAUAUUGCACGUGAUAACGGUAGUACCAUAAGUAUGGUGCGGAAAGAACUUGAAGCACUUACCAAUCUGCUUAGUGAGGAGCCUGUUCAGCAGUCAAUCGAACAUGCCAAGGACAGCACAUCGAAACCAGAUCCUGCCAACAGUGUUAAGCUUACGAGUGAAGCUGACAAUAACUGCCCCAGUGCGACAGAAUUGAGCCAGGCAGAGCCAAAUGGAAGCAGCAGUACGAACCAUGGAAAAGAAUUAGUCACAACUUCAGUCCUAGCAAGUCCAUCUGCAGACCAGAACUGUACUGAACAUGAUACCGCUGCGAGCAAAGGGUCCGAAAAGACACCUAGCGACAGUGCAAUACCGUCCACACUUUCGGCUCAUGAGCCCUUAGAAGAUGAAGAACAGAACAUGAGAAUAGCCGAGAUAUUCACCUUGCAUGAGAAUCCAGAAAAGUCAACCACAUCAGCCAAGAACAGCGCCCUCCAUAUGAAUAAGGAGAACCCUACAGUCAGCUCCAAGACAGUUGGUACAGCAUCAAACGAGUCUUUGCUUGAUAUAUUAAAUAAGAGUGCUGAUGAUCCAUCAGCUCCACUAAAGCGAACACCUCAGAAACCUGCUGAAGUAAAUUGGCCUGACUUCGGAGUGAAACGCUGUCAGCGAUGCAGCUUCACAACAUCGGAUGACGCUAUUCUGCAAGUGCACACAUGCAAACGAACCAUGGGCGGAAUUUCUGCUUCAUCCACUGAGAAGCCUUCUCCAACUACAGAACUUCUCAGAUCUAGCCAAAGUCGAUUACCCAGCGUUAACCCAGAGACACAAUCACAGAAAUCCAGUAAGGACGGUGACCUUUCUUCUGCUUCGCCUGUCACAAGGAAAAAAAUAUACAUGCCUCCACCUUCACCAAAAGUACAAAGGGGCAUUAAUUGUCGAAUUGUUCGAAUAGAUAAAACCCAGUAUCUGUGUACUAUAUGUAACUACCGAGCAAGUUAUGCCCUUUUCAUUGGUCAUCUAGUUGAGCACAUGAUUGAAUAUCCAUAUACAUGUCCUCACUGCACAUCUCCAGGAACUCUAUAUUUUCAGCGGUGUUCUGAUGUAACUGCCCACAUAAAUACUCAUAAGAGUGCAUCUCACAAGUUUAGUAUGUUCGGCUAUACAGCAGCAAAAGAAUUUCUGGACCGAUUAGCAAAAAGUGGAGCAGAGAUAUUGUCUAAUAUUUGGAUAGACCCGAGCGUGAAAGUGUCUGAAAAAGUUUCCGAUCCAGCGGGCCUAUUGCCACCUGUAGCGAAGCCCUAUAUGACACCCACAACUACAAUAUCCCAAACAGGGACAAAUUUAAGCACGACCAAAUCUUUGACACAACCAGUUUUUUCGUCUGUGCCAAUACCUAAAAGCAUUCCAACAACACCGGUUUCAUCGCUACAAAAUUUUUCGCCGUCUCUAGUGUCGCCGCCUGCUACAGCGACAAGCUGUUCAUCUACUGUACGUGGCGUCGGACCAUUUAACGUACUUCAUCAGGGCAGUGUGCAAGUCCAGAGGACUGUGGUUCCUACAUUGGUACAGUCGGGACCUAUUGCUGGAAACCCUCUGCUAUUGCUUGUUCCUUCUGCAACGGUUGGCCAAGGCGCAGUGGUUCAACAAACUGCAACAUUGCCAAAUAUUAUUCCAACAGUCUCCAUGCCAAAUGCAACUAGACAUCCCCACAAUCAAACUGUCUGGUCAACACAAAUGCAGCAGUCAUUGCCAACAAAUGUUCAGCAAAGAGAGCAACCAGCAAAAUCAGACGUCGCAUCAAAACCGAGCUCAGCUUGUGAACCCAGAGCUGCAAUUCAACAGAAUUCAUCCAAAUCGCCCAAUAUUCAUAAGAAAACUAAUAAUACAAAAGGUGUUACUGUCGGCAGAAUAAGAGACAACAUGUUCUGUUUUGGUUGUAACUACAAAACUGUUUCAGAGGCUGAGUUCAAGAACCAUAUCUGGAAACAUUUACAUGGGAAUAAUACACAUUGUUCUCAUCAGAGAGGUCCAGGGGAUCCAUCGUCAACGCUUUACUGUCCGUUUAUGGAGAAAAUUUAUGCCGCUGUGCCUGUUAUAAGUUCAGGAAGUAUGUCAACCACUGGGUCGCAAGGGCCUUCCAAACAGAAGAGUUCAUCAACAGAGGGUCAGAAAGACACCACAUCACAAGUUGAAGGCGUAUCUAUGAAGUCCGAGAAAAAAGAAGACAACUCUGUGAACGAGGAGGAUGACAGUGAUUGCGAGAUCAUUUCUGUUGGUAAACCUAAGCCUUUGUGCAUUGAUCUCACGGAGGACGAAUCGUCCUCAUAUGCUGAAGCAGCAACUGAAAUUCAGAAGCAAGAAGGUGAAAGCAAAUUAAUGAUCCAAUCAUCAUAUUCCUUAAAUACAGAAAACAGCACAGCUGUAGAUAAUAAAGUUUCGCUAAGUGAAAACGUCAGGACAAAUGUAACUAAUGGAAUGGGGCAAGAAGUGGAACAACAGGCUACAGCAAAUGAACAAAACGCAACCUCGCCAAAACCGCCACAACCUGGGGGAUCGUCUCAGAAUAAUGCAGUUAGAGAUUCCAUGUUUUAUGUGUGUGGCUUUUCAAACUGCAAAUUUUCCGGUAUCACAUCUGAACAGUUCAAGCAUCAUCUUCUUAUACACCACCAAGGAGCAAGCCAAUAUCCAUGUGCCCACUGUGGUCACAAAAAUCCUGGAGAAGAAGAGCUGUUUCGUCACAUGCUGAGCCACAGUUCUGCAAAGGUCUUCCUUUUAUACAAGUGUGGGUUUACAAAAUGCCGUUUUGGGACAAAUCUGAUUUCGGAAUUUCAGCAACAUAAUGACAUCUUUCACAACGAUGCCGAGUCUUUCACAUGCGCGUCUUGCAAGUCGAAUUAUUCGUCACUAGCUGCUCUCUGCAGCCAUUUUACAGCCAGCCUUCUGAAAUUUGUACAAUGCCCCUACUGUAGUGUGAAAACUAAAGAUAGAAGGACUAUCCUGCAGCAUAUUGGGCAAACACAUCCAGACAAACCGCGGCAGAUAACUGUUACGUCUCAGCUGAUAUGCAGUUCAAUUAAUCAGGAGAAAAAAAUGUUAACUGAGAAAAGCCACCAAAGUCCUGAUGAAGCUGCCAAUGGUCCUCUUAGAAAAAACCAAAAACCUUCAGUCGACACACCUACAAUGACUGCGUCAGUUGACACCUCAGACAAAGCUACAUCGGAUGCUCCAAACACCAGCCAAGCCACUCUGUCAGACAGACUUCAAGAAGCAAAGAACCUUCGAUGCCUCCUUUGUUCUAAGGUCUUCAAAUCUGUCGCUGAACUUACUAAGCAUUAUGGAAGUUCUCACAAAGGUCCGCAUGAAUUAACUAUUCAUGACUGUAAAUUCUGUAAGUUUAGCACAAAUGACACCGUUCACAUGGAAAAGCACAUGGCCGAUUUCCAUCCAAAUGAAUUAAUGCUUUACAAAUCAACGAAGAAAUUCAUUCCUCGGAAAGAAUUUAAAUGCCAAGUCUGCACGUAUGCUACGUUCUGUCCGGAAGAGCUAUCUGAGCAUUUUAACAGCCACGAAGUUGUUUAUGUACAAUUCGAAACUGCAUCCAUAGAUCCUGCUGCAUUAGGUAAAAUCAGUAAGUUUACUUGCCGAAUAUGCGAAAAGAACUUCGAACGCUAUGCAAAACUAGCAGCACAUACAUAUAAUAAGCAUCCUGAUGUGAAAAGCAUCCAGGUAUACAAGUGUGAACUUUGCGCCUUCUUGUCUACAGCUUUGCGUGCAACUUUUCAACAUUGCAACAGGGCGCACUCCGGUAAGGAGAAAAUUCUUCGUUUCCAACGCGUUAUAAACCGUGCUUCUGAACCAAAAACGAUACCAACAGAUUCUUCUGAGCACGAUUUUAGUGUGCAUUGGUUUCACUGCGAAAACUGUUCCUUCAGUUCAAGUAUUCGGGAAGACCUUCUGGAACAUCUAAAAUCUCAUAACACAGCUGAUGAUUCUGCUAAAACCUCUAAGGAAAGCCCCCAGUUGGAGAAAUCCACGGAAAAUAAGGAAAGCGUGGACGUCCCACCUGAAGGUGUACUGAACUCUAGUAUGAAGUGUCCUCACUGUCAGUAUUCUACAAAAGUAAAGGUCAACCUUUUCCGGCAUAUGAAACAUCACAAGUCUACAGACUUCUCUUCCAUCAAUGAUAACAACUUCAAUGACCUUCCAUGGAAAACGUCACCUGUGAAAAGCGUACCUAAAAAUGACACGUCUUCUCCAAACAAAAGUAAGGAACAUUCUCCUGACGCCAAAGGAAAACUUGAACAGCACAACGAUGAACCUAAAGUGUCGCCAAAUUCUCUGAAACAUGGGAAAUACGACAUUCGUCCUACAGGAUCUCCCACCAAAUCUGGACAAGAAUUUUAUAAGUGCCGACUUUGCUCAUUCAAGGCAUCAAAUAUACAGAGUUUGUCCGGACAUCUGAGCUCCCACAAGUCAACCACAUACCAGAAGUGCUCAUAUUGCCCCUAUAAAUGCACCACCAAGUCAGUGAUGAUUAAACAUCUCAAAAAACGACACAAGAAUAUGCCUAGAAAAUAUGACAAAGCUACGAACGUUUUGUGUGCAGAGACCAGCAGCCCUGAUGGAAAGCAGUCUGCUGCAAAGAGAAAAGCCCAUGACAGCACAGAAUCUCCGGCGAAAAAACUAAAAGGCAAUGUCACUGACACUCCUGCAUAUGAAUGUGUGUUGUGUGGUUUUAAAACUAAGACCAUUAAUGCCUUAGAGGAGCAUUUCAAGAAACGUCACGACGUCAAAGCUUUCGUGUGCAGCCGAUGUAAAUUCAACACCUUGAGAUUAUUAGAUAUGGAGGAACAUUUAGAAACUGUUCAUAAUCAAAAGCAGAUGUUAUACAAAAUGUCUGAUGUGAAUUCUUCCCCAGCUAAAAGCGAUGGUGUCCUUUCAAAACAGCACAUGAAAUGUGGACUCUGCUCCAGUAUCACGGCUUCCAAACCUGCCCUAAUUGAACACUCUCUCCUCAAACAUGGUGUCGAUGUUAAACCAGUGAUGUCUCCUGUUCAGGUGCAUAAAUGUGUUGACUGCGGGAGGCGUUUUAGACAUAGACAGGAGGCGAAGGAACACAAUGACGGAUGUAUGAAAAGAGUCCUGAAAGAAAGUGAACGGACGGCUGCUUCUGAACAAGCCAAGCAGAGCACUUCUGUGGAGACAGACUCGAAUGAUAAGAUACCGUCUCCAAUUCUGACAGGUGUCUUUCCAAAAGACGAGUCCACCCCUGUGAAGGAGAAACCUAUACAUCCUUCGAGUAACAAAAACUCCCCUAAAGAAAACUUUAACAAUGAGGACAAAUCUAACGAAGGUCUGCAAUCACUUGAAAGUUCCCACAGCAAGGACUUGGAAACACCGCUCAUGUGUCAUUCCACAGGUUCCAGAGAAAAGUACAAGUAUUUUUGCCAUUUAUGCGAACAUUCCGUAUUGUCCAGACGAAGAAUGAAAGAGCACUACUUCGUACAUUUUAAAUACUACCCAUACAAAUGUGUGUACUGUCCAAAAGUGGCUUCCAGGGCUGAUCGUCUUCAUAAGCAUAUUUUGCGUAUUCACCCAGGAAAGGUGUUGGAUUCCAAGCUACGCAAAAAUGAACAAUUUGAGUUGAAAAUUGACCGGUUGCUCAAACAGAAAAGACAAUUAUUAUCCGAUGUAGAAGGAAAUCCUGAUGACAAAAAAGAGAAACAAUUAAAAGCUGAGAAGAGCUCUCCCCAAGGUAGGUACAGUAGAGGGAGCACUCCGCUGUGGGCAAAGCGAGACUAUGAUCCAUCGAAUCCAUUUCAUUGUGAACAUUGUAAUUUUACCACUCGGAACAAAAGCAGUCUCCAGAAUCACAUCAUCUUGCAUAGUCCUCCGAGAAUUAAAUGUCAUAUAUGCAGUUAUACAGGACAUUUCCCAUAUUUAAUGAAAAGACAUUAUGAAAGAUGGCACCCUGGUAAAGAGGUGGCUUUCACCCGGAUUCAGUCCGAAGAUGAUACCCUUCAUAACUCUACCCCGCUGCCUGCUGAAGCCUCACUUCCUGGUUACAACCCACUGUCCGGCUUAGAAAGUUCAAGAUCAAGUCCUACAACUAGCACCUCAGGUUUGAAAAGGAAAGCAGGGGAAAGCUCUCCUGAUAUGGACAAUUUCAAAAUUAUAGCGGAUGAGGAUUCAGAGUCAAAAAUUUUGGCGCAUUUACCUUUGCAGGAACUGUAUGAAAAAUACCAAGAUGAAACAGGAAAAACAGCGUUCAGGUGCUUAAUGUGUGCUUUUUGCAGUCAUACUUCAGGACUUAUUGCAGCACAUAUGUACAAGCAUAUGCCCAAGUGUUUUCAAUGCUGCUACUGCAACUACAGGGCAUAUCCAAGCUCCAGUAUUACAGCUCAUAUGAAACGAAGCCAUGAAGGUGAACCUCGCAGAUUUAAGUUCUUCGAGGAAUUGGCGCUCCUACAAUACAACCAGAUGCUAGCGACCAUAGGUAAAUUGCCUUUCGAAAUGCCCAAGACUAAAAAGCGCAGGAUCUCGUUGGAUAUUAAUGGCGAAACCAGCAGUAGUGAUGAAUCUGAUUCAGAGAAGAGUAGUAAAUUUCAGAUCCCCACGGAUUCGAAGAAAUGGAAAAGUUGCGUUAAGGAGGGGAAAUUUUCGGACACGGGCCCAAUCAUUUUCUGUUGUCAUUUGUGUAAAUUCAAGAUACCUGACAGGGGCUUGUUCGGAGAACAUUUAUCACUUCACGAAGCUUUCAUGAAGCCAGGCAACCAAAACGAAUUGGCGAAGUGCGGGUUUUGCUCAUUUUCAUCUACUAACGUCAAAGAAUUCAAUGAGCAUGUUUCCACACACGUGUCCGAGCGUCCAUUCAAAUGUUUGCGGUGUGGGCAUUCGUGUUUCACCAAAACACACAUGAGAAAUCACAUUAAAAAUAAGCAUCCAGGAGAGAAGAUAGCCUACUCUGAGAAGUCGCCAGAGCGAUCAGGUCUGGUUCGAAAAAGCACACCUGUGGACUCUACGUGUGUAAAUUUUGAGCCAUAUGUUGAAAUCACAGACAUCUUGUUGCUGAAAAACGCUAUGUUCGAUCGCCUUGUGUCGUCAUCCGGCAUUACUGCGGCGAAUCUUGAAGACCUUUCAGAUGACAAGUUCAAUGCAGUUAUAAAGGCUUCUGGAUUCACCGACGAGGAUAUUUACUCUGACAUCGAUACCAAUGCAUCUCAUGGUCCAGCAUCGUCUGAGGAUCAUACUUCUAUGUGAUCUCUUCGCGAAAUCGGACUUAAUAGAUUCCAGAGGUUAAGCCUGGAUAUCUCAUGUUACAUAGGUGCAUCACAAUGUCGUACAGUGUGUUAGGACAAACGUAUUUUUGAUGCCACUUAUGCUGUAAGAGGACUGAUGUCGCUGGUUUUAAGGCACGGUAAGCGUACCCUUACCUAAUGAUUAAUAGAGCCUCUUGGAUGUAUAGUGCUUAAUGAUGUUAGACGUUCAAAGUUGAUCAUGCUUCCAACGUAUACAUGCAUUUUACAUUUACUUUCAAAAUGUCUUCCUAAAUUAAAUGACUGAAGAAUCAUUAGCCGUGAGGGAAAUACACCUACAAUCAAAUGUUCACCUAGAAUCACGUGUCGAAAACUUGCAAAUGCAUUUCUUAAAAUUAAUGCAGUAUUUUUCCGACCAUUUUUUUUGUUGUUUGUUUAUUGUUACUAUUUUAACUGGUUCUGUAUAUAUAAUUAAAUGCUUGCGUUACACAAAUUACACUAAUUUAUUAAAUGCACAGGGUUUAUUACCAUUCAUGGCGGGACCGAAUACCUCAACGUGAACGCAGUCACAGCGUCAUGAAUGAUACAACAUUCAUACUUGGCUUUUAGGAUAAAUGUACCCCAUAGAUCAGCUUGUGAUUCGUUGCUUUUAUGAGAAGAAGACGCUGUAAACAUACUAUACAAGCUGUUUUCUUGAAAAUCCAUAAUGUUUGGGGGGAAGUUAAUGAAAUAAAUUUUCUCACGAAUUUUCAAAAUUGAUCAUGAUUAAUCGAUUAAGAUCAAAAGUUGAAGAGGUAUAUAUGACAGUUAUACGUGUAUUUACAUGUGCCAUUCAGCUGGGGUCCGCCCAACAGAAACUGUCUUGGUAACCCAUACUGAAGUCCUGCGUUGCUGGAACAGUUGCGUCUGCUGCAGUUAUGUUUUGUAGAAGUGCUUUUGUGAUCAUAUUCCUACAAAAUCAAAGUUUAAUUUGUGUACAUUAGGAGAUUGUCGCGCCAUUUGUCGCUAUUGAAACAGCACCAUUAUUAGGGGCACUUUCUUAUUUGGGGGAGUGUGAAACCUACUUCCUGGUUCGUUAACCUUUUGCAUUUAUCCUGCAUUGUUAAAGUACUCUUCAACUUGCCAUAGUUAUCAGUAUUAUUUUCCGAAAUGUAUCUUGCAAUAACUUGCACCGUUAUGUAACUUGGAUGAUUCUUCAGUCAUUGCUGUAUACAUGCGCAUAAAAGAGAUGAUGGGAUCGCUCUGUUGGUUUCCGCAUGUGUGGAAGUUUUUAUCGUGUAGAUGUAACCUUGGCAUGUAUGAACUAUUCUUUGUGAAACAUAGGGCAUUAGAUUUUAUCAUGUAUUGUUCCAGUAUAAAAACAAAUCAAAGGACUUCUUUUGAUGUGUAAGUGCUAUACUGGUGGCUUUGUAUUAAAUUAUUUUUGUUAUUUCAA